CAAAUCACAAGUCACACCAAACCGGCUCUGUUACCAAAAUAAAACCAAACCGGUUCAUCUUCUUCCUAUCUAUGUAUGCCCUAAUCAAAGGUCAUCGAAACACUAUCUGCAUCUUCGGCUCGAAACGAGGACUCUGAAUUCAGCUUCCACAACCCUCUUACCGGUCGAAAUCAGUAUUCGGAAGUCAUAAAGGGUUUUUAGUUCUUAAAAUGCUGGGUGGCCUCUACGGCGACCUUCCUCCACCAUCCUCGGCGGAGGAAGAAAAACCCACCACCAACUCCAUGCUCCGGCACUUCCACCGCCGCCGGUUCUCCCCGACGACCCAGCACACCACCAGCCUGCACUCGUCGGCGUCCAGUCGACGGUGAUAGAGGAGUACGACCCCGCCAGGCCCAACGACUACGAGGAGUAUCGCCGCGAGCGGAAGCGAAAGGCGAGGGAGGCGGAGAUGAUGCGUGAGCUGGAGCGGCGGCGCCAGGAGGAGGAGGAGAGAGAGAGGAGAGAGAGGGAGGAGAGAGAAAGAGAGAGGGAGCGGGAGCGGGAUUACGGCGAUUCCAGGUUGAAUAUUUCCGGCGAGGAAGCGUGGAGGAGGCGUGCUGCCAUGAGUAGUGGAGGUGGCAGCGGUGGUGGUGGCGGCGCUGUUCCGCGAUCCCCGUCGCCACCAGGGAAUUUGGAUGGUUUUAGCAUUGGGAAGUCGGAGANNNCCCUACUGUGUCAUGUUUAUGCUUUCUUGUUGAAGGUGGGUCCUGGUGAGGUAGAUGAUGAACUAGAAGAGGAGGUAGGAUCAGAAUGUGCCAAGUAUGGAACUGUAACUCGGGUUUUGAUAUUCGAGAUAACAGAGCCAAAUUUCCCUACUGAUGAAGCAGUAAGAAUUUUCGUGCAAUUUGAGAGAUCAGAGGAAACAACCAAAGCUUUAAUUGACCUUAAUGGUCGGUACUUUGGAGGUAGAGUGGUGCAGGCCUCAUUUUAUGACGAGGAGAAGUUCGGCAAGAAUGAGUUAGCUCCAAUGCCAGGAGAAAUUCCUGGUUUUUCCUGACAGGAAAAGACUCGUUGAUUUCCAUACAGUUGACCCUGGUGAUUGCUCUGAAAUCUUGAAAUUGAAGGUUCAGUGUUUCAUUACAUUAUAAGAUAAUUUAGCAUUGUGUUGUACUUCGGAUUCAAUCAUGGUCGAAGUGUGUUGUAAGGAUGACAAAGGGUUGCUGCUCAAAGAAUUAUUGUGAUGAAAAAAGAACAAACUUCACUGUUAGCUAGCUAGUUCUAACGAUUUUCAUUGUACAUUGGAAGUUCCUUUAUGUGAUGGUCGAAUUUUGAAAUUGAGAUCCUAAUGAUUAGUUAUUACGGUGUCAGAUUCUAUACUCUGAUACCAUGAUAGAUUAAUCGCUGUUAGUGAGAAUAGAAACAAAAUUCGAAAAAAUUAGGAUUGUUUCAUUUCCUUUUUGAGAUUCAACUUUGUAUUCA